CGGCGACGCUGCCCCAGGCCGCCUUGGACGAGGGGCGGCUCCUGCUGCUCUGGCUGCACCAGGACCCCGAGGAGUCCCCUGCCACCGAGAGGCUCUGCAGGGAAGUGCUGCAGAACGGCCCGGUGGUGCGCACGAUCCGGCGGAGACGUACACGCUGUGGGCUGGCGACGUGAACAGAUUCGAGCCGUCCCAGAUCUCCAGGCUCCUGGACGUCACAGUCUUCCCAGCGCUGGUGGUGUGCCACCCGGUGCGGAGCGCCUACGGCGACGUCUCUGGCGCCUGCUUGGAGUGGCCGCUCGGCACGUUCGCGCAGCCAGUCUUCAAGGUCUCUCCGGACGUGGAGGGCGAGGCGCUGAACGCCGACCAGCCGGCGUCGCCGGCCGCGGCCGCCCAGGACCACCGCGAGGCCGCCGAAGCACGAGAGGUGGAGGCGGCCGCCCGCACCGCCCAGCUCGCGGAGGAGCGUCUGCUGCGGGAGGAGCAGGACCGCGAGUUCCAGGAGUCGCUGCUCAUGGACCAGAUGUCCGAGGUGCGGAGAAGCGAGGAGGCCCUGGCCGCGGCCGCCCCGCCCCCGCGGGCCACGGAGGUGGCCGCCUCCGCCGCCCGCCCUGCGGAGCAGGCCCCGCGCCUUGCCGCGAGCGCCGCCAGCUCCGCGGGCGAGUCCCCGUCCAGGGAGCGAGGGCUCUCGGACGAGGAGGAGAUGCUCAGCGCCGCGCGCGGGGCGCGGAGAUCUCGGCCGCGCCCGAGCCGGAGCCCCCCUCACGGCGCGGGGAUGGAAGUGGAACUCCAGGGGAGGGGAUCGGUGAGCGAAGAGUUGUGAGAACGUGCGCUUUCGGAGGUCCGCGCGGAUUGCUUGGAUCCGCGCUGGAGUCCCUUGGCGGCGCCGCCCCUGGCGCGCUCCGCGCGCCAGGGAAGGGGGUCCAGCGCAGAUCCAGCAAAUUCGCGGGGACCUGCGAAAAGUUGAGUGUUUGUUCUGCAAUCCCCCAAACAACGCUUGCACUUAGGGGUAUUUUAGUUCUUGCUGAGGAACUGGGCCUGUCUGGCGGUCUGGCGGCUAUGUAGCC